CACCACCAGGCAUCCUGAGGAGACGGCGCAAGGCCUCUGAUGACACUAACGCUGCCGGUGCUGGUCGGGAGUCGUUCUAAUAAUGAUGGACAGAGCCUCUUCACACACCAACGGGCCCAUUUUGACACGUGCCAGUAUCGACUUCGCCUAAGGGAGACCACAUAGAAGGUAGUCCUACCCAUCGACCACCCAGCAUGGACGCGGCCGACUCCAUACCACCGGAGAUGUGGGAGGGCAUGGAUGCGAUGGAGAGGUCGCCGACGGUGUGGUAUAUGGCUAUUGGGGCUACGAUGCUGGCCGGACUGAUCAUCUGGUUCUAUGCACUCGUCUGGCUCUUCGCUCCCUCGCCGCGCCCUCCGACCAAAUCCGAGAAGCAAUAUAUCACCAUGACGGCCGAAGGACAAAUCUCUCCCCCGCAACCUCUGCCCUGCUGGUACGAUAACCACAUGGCUGUCAAAGAAAUGGCUCGCAACGGCCUCAUCGCGCGCGAGGAAGCUUUCCAGAUUUCCGAUGCAGAAGUCUUUAUGACGCUCGUGAUACCUGCCUACAAUGAGAUGCAUCGCUUGAAUGGGAUGCUCGAAGAAGCGGUAGGCUACUUGGAAGAACAGUACGGCCACCACGGAACUCCGAGUAAGAGCAGUAGUGAUGGAAAGCUACAAGCGAGCGGACAGCAAGGCGAUCCGAGGAGAGGUUGGGAGAUUAUAUUAGUUUCUGAUGGGAGUACGGAUAAGACUGUGAAUGUUGCGCUCAACUUCGCGAGGACGCAUCAACUGGCAACACCUCCUACGUACAAAGGGCCCUGGUCAGGAACCGGGACACCGACAAACAUACGACCGGGGACCAUCCGGGUGGUGAGCCUGGAGGAGAAUCGGGGCAAAGGAGGAGCUGUGACGCAUGGCAUGAGACAUGCCAGAGGGACAUAUGUCGUAUUUGCAGAUGCAGACGGAGCGAGCAGGUUCACGGAUCUUGGAAAGUUGGUCAGUGCUUGCGAGAAGGCAAAGGAUAAGAAUGGGAGAGCUGUCGGUGUGGGCUCGCGAGCACACAUGGUAGGGACAGAAGCAGUAGUGAAGCGAUCGGCACUUCGCAACCUCCUCAUGCGCGCAUUCCAUCUUGGUAUCUGGCUCCUCACCACACCCAAAGUGGCGCAGAUUAGAGAUACGCAGUGUGGCUUCAAGCUCUUCUCGCGGCCUGCGCUGCCUUAUAUUGUCCCAUAUAUGCACUCCGAGGGCUGGAUCUUCGAUGUGGAGAUGCUCAUGCUGGCCGAAAGCGCUGAUAUUCCCAUGGUGGAGGUGGCGAUUGGGUGGAAGGAAGUGGUGGGGUCCAAGUUGAAUGUGAUUAAAGACAGUAUCGGCAUGGCGAUUGGAUUAGCACUGUUGAGAUUUGCGUGGGGCGCUGGCAUUUACAGGAGAGAUUAGAAAAAAGAAUGCAUGCCAUUUGACCCCAUUUGCUUUUUCGAGGUCAUUACGAGUCCAUAAGAUGGGAGAGUACCUACAUGUACCUAAGCUACCUACCUCCUAAGGUAAGGUAGGUACAAUGGGUAUUAUCAGCCUACCCGACAAAACAACCAGAAACUUUUCCGUGUUUUGCCUCUCCAAAAGGAAAAAAAAGAACAACUUUCCAUUCUCGUAUCAACUUUCUCAACUUUCUCUUUUUCAAGUUUCUCUUUUCCAAGUUUCUCUUUUCCAAGUUUCAAGUGCUGCCCAAGGUACAGACAGGUCAUGUAUUUACAUUAUUUACCUAUUUCCACUGUCCCGCAUUCUCCGCUCCCUUUCCCAAAGCAUCCGCACCAUCUUUCACUCCACCCGUCAGACCUUGAAGUCCAUUUCCUACUGCUUUGGUACCAGUUGUAUUAUUAAUCGUCUCACCGAGACCUUGUCCGACACUUCCGACAGCUCCUCCGGCAGUUUUGACGACUCCUCCGGUGAGAUUUCCGAGGGUGGAGGUUAGACCUUUGGCGGCUCCUUCGGCUCCAGAGGUGGUGUUGUUGGUACUGGAUUGUCCGAUAGGCAUGGUUUUUUUGUUGUUGGUUGGUUGGUUGUGCUUCUGUUUUGUUUUGGUUGGAGAAGGAGUGAGUGCUCGAGGUGCUUGUGUCAAUAAGGUAGGUAAGGUAG